UCUUUCUCUCUCUCUCUCACUCUUUCUCCCUUUCUCUGCCCAUCUGUGACAGAACUUGCAGUUUCAGGGACACAUGUCUUUUCCCCAAGUGGUUAACGUUGGCUGUUUAUUAUUUGAUGACUUGAUUUGUUUUUCAUCAUGUGUUUGAAAAAUGCUGGGGUGCUUCCCGAAUGGUUUCUUGCACAGGACUCUUUGCCUUGCUGCUGAUCGUGCUGGAGUGGAUUCGGCCUGGCCUACCCUCCCCUUUGCGGCCCAUCUGUGACCGGCGUGUUCUCGGCCGCUUCAUUCAGGAGGCGCGGGAUGCUGAAGCUGCUAUGAGAUUUUGUAAAGAGGAAUGCAGUAUUGCUGGACCUCUCACAGUUCCUCAGACCAAAGUGGAUUUUGAUGUGUGGGAAAAGAAGAAUACAGAGGAGAAGGCUCAAGAAGUCCAGAGAGGACUAUGGCUGUUAAACAUGGCCAUCAGCUCAUUAGAUGCAUCCAUCACCAACUCUGCACUUCACUCCCACAUAGACACGAGCGUCAGGAACAUCGCCAGCCUCAAGCAGGUGCUGCGCAGCCUCAGUAUACAGGACUAUGUGCCUUCAGAUGGUGUGACAACAGAGACAUGGGAAGUGUCUUCAGUGUCGGAGCUCUUCCAGAUCCACGUCAACUUCCUGCGUGGGAAAGUGAGCCUUUUGCUUGCCAGUGUGCCUGUCUGCCCGUAACAUAUCAGAUGAUUGGAGCAUAAACAGAACAGGAACCCUUCUGAUUGGGUCAGACCAUAUUAGAAGGUGGGACAUUAAUACUGAACAUUUCAAAGGCCUUGUGCUUGCCUGUAUAUUGGAAGCUGGUGGACUUUCUCACCCUGAAUGAAGCAUGGAAUAAAAUAUUUAUCUUCAUGAAUUCUAGAUGGCCUUAGGAUGUUCACCGCUGCCUUGACCAACACUGCACACGUUUCUGUAUGUGACGCGGCCUGUCACUCCUUUAUCCCCAUUUGACUGACAUUAAUUAUACCUUGGAUACAUCUGCAUCAAGCCUGAUCAGAUACCACCUUUAAUAUUUUUUUACAUGUUGAUUUUAUGACCACUUAAUAUUUAUAUAGAUUUCUACUAGCUGGAUUAUGCUAUAAUUUUUUAGUAUGAGGAAGCUGUCUGCUUUCUGUCUUAACCUUUCACACCUGUAAAAAUUGACCUGCUGCUUUUUAGUCAUAUUUAUCAUUUUCAGUAAUGCACUGAUUUUAUACAUAUAUAUAUAUAGUGUGUGUGUGUGUGUGUGUGUGUGUGUGUGUGUGUGUGUGAGAAAACAAGUGUUUGGAGAACGUGUGUGUUUGUGCAAGAGUGGGUGAAUUUGGGUAUUUUGGGGAACGUGUUUGUGUGCGAGAGAGAAUGAGAGAGUCGCGGAGAUAUCAGUGGACAGGCUGUUUACAGGUCACUUCUGGUGAGGGGAAGAGACCAAAUAGUGGCGCUUUUGUGGGAAAACUUGGGGGGGAGGGGGUGUUAUGUGAGGGCUGAUGAGAUUGUGUGUUGAUUAUAAGCGUCUGCACUGGAUUCACAUGCAAACGCACAGCGCCGCACAGACAACGGCCAAGAACAAUACUGCGUCACUUCCAGGAAAAAUAUUGAUUGGUUUGCAUGAAGAACAUCCUGCCUGACUCCUGCUCUGUUCACAGUCUGGUGUAAUGGCCUGGGAAACUUUUGGGUAGUUGAUAGUUGUCUCAUGUUUCUCUUUGUGUUAGAGCUUGGAUUGGUCAUUCUUGUUUGUUGUCUGUCUUUUUUUUUAAACAAUGUUUUUGCUAUGGGGUUCAUUUUUGACGUUUGUGAAUCAGCGUGUCAUGUAAAGAAGGAAGUUUGUAAAACUACUUUCCUGUUUGUGACUGUCUUCUUCUUUUACCACU